GAGGAAAAGCGCCAGGAGGAAAAAAAAAGCCCCCCCCCGCCAGCAUCGGCCGCGGGACUGGCAGCAUGCGAUCCAAAGGCAGGGCAAGGAAGCUGGCCGCAAGUGAUGAAUGCYUGUAUGAAAGCUUUCCUGAACUUCCUUUGGAGGAAGCGCCAGAAGCUGAUGGAGAAGCUGCAAACAUCCAGUGUCCAACRUCUUCUGUCCAAGAGCCGUCUUCUCCAGCAACCUCCAGCGAAGCUUUCACACCAAAGGAGAGCUCUCCUUACAAAGCUCCAAUAUACAUUCCUGACGACAUUCCCAUUCCUUCAGAGUUUGAGCUGCGCGAAUCCAACAUUCCRGGAGCAGGAUUAGGGAUAUGGACCAAAAGGAAGAUCGAAGCAGGGGAGAAGUUUGGCCCUUUUGUAGGUGAGCAACGGCCGCACCUUAAGGAUCCCAGUUCUGGUUGGGAGGUAAGACACUUUACGUUCCUCGGGUCUGUUGAGCUCUCUUGAACGUCUAUAAACACAGAGGUAUUUGUACAACUUGAGUUCUACCUGCAGCAGCCAGGGAAUAUUUUGUGUGUAAUGAGAGUGUUUCCUGGCCUUUUGCUGCUUUCUGCAGGAAAAU